UCCUGCACACCGAGAAUGGUGGUUUUUGCGGACCUGGCAACCCCCCCCGUGCCGGUCGCACCGCACUGCGCAGACUCAGAACCAAUGGCGGACGAAGUUGAACAGCAACCGACCACCAACACGGUUGAGGAGCCGCUCGAUCUGAUCAGACUCAGUCUAGAUGAGAGGAUCUACGUCAAGAUGAGGAACGACCGGGAGCUUCGGGGUCGACUGCAUGCGUACGAUCAGCACCUCAACAUGAUCCUGGGUGACGUGGAGGAGACGGUGACGACGGUGGAGAUCGACGAGGAGACGUACGAAGAACUCUACAAGUCGACCAAGCGGAACAUCCCCAUGUUGUUUGUCAGAGGAGACGGCGUCGUCCUCGUAGCUCCGCCUCUCAGGGUGGGCUAAACGGUGACCGCUGUCUGAUGUGAAGGAGCGUUUGUGACAGCCGGGAGGUUUGUAGCCUGCGGGGGGAGGGUGGUGCUGUCAUGACCGGCUGAAACACGGGUUGGGUUCAAACAUCUUCUGCCCCCUCAGGUCAGACUCGCUUGUCAACACCGUCCUCUAAUAACACAAAAGGUUAGAUACUACAAACAUUCUCAACUUCCUGUUGUGCGGCUGCAAAGAUGUAAAACAUGUUUUGAGUCACAAGAACUUUGUCUCUUAGUUUUGGACUAAGAGAGCGUAUUAUUUUCUGUUAAUUUUGGCAAAUUGAUUUAGGGAAUAUGGGUGACUUCAGGCCAACAUUUGCUUUUUUCUCUGAAUACUUAAUUUGAUUCUGCUCGGUGCAACAGUUGAUAAAUUCCUGCUGUUCCAGUUAUUCAGGCAGAAAAUUCUAAUGUUAUUUUCUUCUCCACUUGGGGACGUAGUUACCUCAUUUUCACAGUCUGCAAUUAGUCAGACCAAAUUACCAACGUCUCAUUCUGGUUUUUAAGAAGCCCAACUGCUUCAGAUGUGUACGUAAACUUGUUUUGGUCUCAUUUUAUCAAGUUUAAAAAGUAUUAGCAGAAAACAAACUUGAGCGUUGAGGUUUUAUGUAACUUUUGAACUUGAAAUGUCUCAAAUGAAACUUUUGUGUUAGUUUAAAGCAAAAAGUUUUGCAGUGUUUCCAAACCCAUGAUCUGUGAAUAUUUGGAAGAUGUUUGAGUUUCUCUGGGAUGGUUUAAGUUUUUUUUUCUUUUUUUUUUAAUAUACGUAUUUUUUGUAGCGUCUAGGGGACUUGGAAGUAUCAUGCUCGGAUUUGUAAAAGACGUGUGAACAUUUGCUCUCAUUUGGUUUUGGUAACUUGAAUAAAAAAUGUGAUUUGAAAAAGAA